CGUGUGUCUCCACAGAAUCUCCUUGAAGAAGACACGCAUGUGACAGCUUCCACCGAGAGCCGUUUAUUUCUGAUAAACUCCGUGGGCCCUCGGUUCCAACAGCAUCGGAGGAUGCCGCGGUACGAGCUGUGUGUGAUCCUGAAGGCGAUGCAGAGGCCGGAGACCGCGGCGGUGCUGCGGCGCACGGUGGAGACGCUGCUCGAGCGCGGCGCAGUGGUCAGGAGUCUGGAGAGCCUCGGCGAGCGCAGGCUGCCCUACAAGAUCUCCAAACACGACUCUCGCCACACGCACGGCGGAUACUUCUCCGUCGACUUCCGCGCCUCGCCGAAGAUCGUCAGCGAGCUGCUGGAUCACCUCGAGCGGGACAUCGACGUGCUGCGCCCGACGCUCUUAAAGAAAGACCCCGAGCUCUCCCAGACGCACUGCUGCGGAGCACAAGCUGAGGAAGCAAAGAGCGCCGCUUCCAGAUAGAUGACUGUGAAGAUGGAAUAAUCUGCUGGCUUAUGUGAAUGGAGUUUUGCUACAAGAUGAGCUAGUAGAUGUCAUCAUCCUUUUUAUAGUUUAUGCAUUUACGUUACCUAAUUAUGUGAUGUGUGUUUCCACAAAGAACAUAUGACCUCUUUGCAGGAUCAGCAUUUUUGGAGUAUUUAAUUUCAAUAACAAAUUCUACUUCAAUAAUUACAUGCUCAUAAAUAAAUAACAUAAAAACAAAGUUGUUUAUCUCAGUCUAUGACAGUUAUACUGUUCCACAAAAGCAACUUGCAAAUAAAAAAAAUACAUUGAAGUGUUGUAGCAGAAAGCUGUACCUUAAUUGAUUUAUCUUCAGGAAAUCAGGACACUGCUGUUCUCACAACUAGAGUUCAUUGUAUGCAAGGCUUAAACAUUUAUUUUUAGAGAACCUAAAAUAAACAGUCACCAGAGAAAAGAUAAAACAUGUCAGUUUACACAUAAAAAGUGUUUAAUCAAUUCAAAGCCAAAUUAAACAAGAAUUAACAAUACAAAGGUGUUUUUUUUCUCAGUCUUGUAUCAUGACAUUCUGGAUUUUAUUGUAAAUAAAAUAUUGUUUCUUGUA